AUGGCGACUACCAUGGAAGAGACCCUGCAGGGUGACGGCCAAGCGUCGUCUCUUGAGGACCAGACCCUCCUCGUCUUUGCCCGCCUGAUGGAAGGCGGCCAAGAGGACGAGGAGACGUGCCGAGAGCUCGACGAGCUGACCAAGCUGUUAAACGACGACGCAGAGGCCCAGCAGAGAGACAAGAACGGCCACCAGACCAUCUGCAGCGUCAUUGACGGAGACUGCGUCGAUACCGUCUUGUGCUACCUGGACAUGCGGCAGCCAGACAUUGUCCGUGGCCAUGCCACCCUCACCACCUCGGCAUAUCUCAAGGCUGCCGGCGACGAUGGCUCCAAGAAUCUCUCCGCCUUCUUCUUCGACCGCGUCAGGCGGGGCACUUACGACGACUACAUUGUCGCAUUUUGCGUUGCCUCGGCCAUGUUUCCCAUCGUGCCCGAGCUGACGGCCGAAUUGUUUCUGAGCGAGGGCUUCCUUGGCUCUCUCGGCCGCCUUAUGAGACGCGAGUGGAAGAGCCGCAAGGUGGAAACGGCGUGCCUCGAGAUGCUCAGCGCAGCCUGCAUGAACUCACUCUGCCGGGACGCUGUGCAGAAAUACUGUGUCGAGUGGUUGGAGGAGGUGGUGGAUCAGGAUCCAAUGGGCACCGGCAGCAGCCCUAGCCCCGAACCCAAGGUCCAGGGCGAGGGCGGCUCCAUCUCAAUGAGGCGACACUCGGAGCAAGUGCAACACUUGGCCGCCAUCAUCUUGGCAAAACUCAGGGCGGUCCCGGCCAAGCCGGCGGUGACUGACUCUGCCAAGUCCAGGAUCGAGCCUGCAGUGACUAGCAUCGAGGACUUAUCUGCCUUGUUCACCAAGAUCCUGCUGCGGGACGAGGACCAGGACAGACAGAAUGCAAUCGAGGGCCUCGCCUACUCCUCUCUACAGCCAAAAGUCAAGGAUAAUGUCGUUAGCAACCAGAAGCUGCUCAAGAAACUCGUCCAGACGCUCGCCGAGGCCCAGCCCAGGUCGCCUACCACCUAUGGAGCCCUCAGCGUCUUUGUCAAUCUGACGAGGUACCGACCGGUCCUCUCCGAGGAGGAGAAGAAGAUGAGCCAGCUUAAGGCGUACGCCAAUGCCGCAGGCAAGCUGGCCGGACCAGACCCGCUCGAGGAAGAUGAGCAGGUAGCCAAGAGGUGCCAGGCUGUGUUCGAGGCCGGCCUUACUCCCGUCCUGGUCACGCAUAGCAAGAACGGAUCUCCCGCCUCGAUGAGUCUCAUUGUCUCCAUUCUGCACUCCUUGUCCAUGGACAAAAGCCUCCGAGGGCCAUUGGCCCAACAGGGGGCGGUGAAUCUACUACUUACGGCGUGGGCCAUCAUACCGGAGUCCGAGGAGGCUGUCCGUCGAACGUCUGGACAGGCCUUGGCGCGGAUCCUGAUCAGUACCAACCCGGCUCUCGUCUUCGGCGGCAACCGCUCUAUCCCCGUCACUGCCGCGAUCCGGCCGCUCGUAUCCAUUGUGCCCCCCGACCCGGCCGCCGAGAAGAGGGAUUUGCUGCCAACCUUUGAGGCCCUCAUGGCCUUGACCAACCUAGCAUCGCUCGACGACGACGAAACGCGCCCCACGAUUGUGCGGGUUGCCUGGCCGCACGUGGAGGAGCAGCUCCUGUCAUCGAACCACCUCGUCUCCAAGGCGGCCGUCGAGCUGGUGUGCAAUCUCAUGCAAGCUCCCGAAGGCGUCGUUCUCUACGCCGACGGGAGCCCGCAGGCAAGCGCUCGACUGCACGUGCUGCUGGCACUCGCCGACGCCGAGGAUGAAGGGACUCGGAGCGCAGCCGGGGGGGCGCUGGCGUCGCUCACAGGGUACGAUUCGGUGGUCCGCGGUGUGGUGCGGCGAGAGCGCGGCGUGCGGGUUCUGCUCGGCAUGUGCAACGAUGCAGACGAGGGCCUACGGCACCGAGGCGUGGUCACUGUUUACAACAUGGUUAUGGCUGACGGGGAGACGGGAGAGCUUGCACGGAACAAGUUUAGAGAUGAGGGCGGCGUGGAAUCGCUCAAGGAGUGCCUGAAGCAGAGUCGGAGGCCAGAGGUGCUGCAGAUUACGGUUGAGGCCUUGAAGGCGCUCCUGGAAGACGGCAACACGGCAUAG